CCGCCGCUCAAGCACCUGUGCGAUGUGGCCGCGGACGGCGACGAGGAGGCGGGGGACGACGAAGCGGACCUGCUGGACACUUCGGACCCGCCGGGGGGCGGCGAGAGCACGGCCAGCCUGGAGGAUCUGGAGGACGAGGAGACGCACUCGGGGGGCGAGGGGGCCGGCGGGGCGCGGGGCCUGGGCGGCGGCGCGGGCGGCACGAGCAAGACCUGCACCUACGAGGGCUGCAGCGAGACCACCAGCCAGGUGGCCAAGCAGCGCAAGCCCUGGAUGUGCAAGAAGCACCGCAACAAGAUGUACAAGGACAAGUACAAGAAGAAGAAGAACGACCAGGCCCUGAGCUGCGGAGGGGCCGCCGCGGCUGCCAGCGCGGGAAGCGUCAAGCUGGAGGAAAGUACAGAUAACAUACUCUCCAUUGUUAAGCAAAGAACAGGAUCCUUUGGAGAUCGUCCUGCCAGACCUACACUCCUGGAACAAGUGUUAAACCAAAAAAGACUGUCAUUACUAAGAAGUCCAGAAGUCGUGCAGUUUUUACAGAAACAGCAGCAACUACUAAGUCAGCAAGUUCUGGAGCAAAGACAGCAACAGUUUCCAGGACCACCGGUGUGA